UUGAGCGGGAAAUGACCUGCUGCAGAUCGUCUUGCUUUUUCCGGUGAAAGCUGCGAGCUCCUGUUGAGGAAAACCACUCUUGUAUUAUUAUCAAAUAGGACGAGACAUUAGCUAAGUAUGAACAUAUAUUUUUGCGGAAGCAUCCGCGGAGGAAGACAAGACGUGAAUAUUUACCAGAGAAUAGUGCAUAAGUUGCAGCAGUAUGGCACGGUUUUGACGGAGCACGUGAGCUCUGGUAGUCUGUCUGAAAAGGGUGAAGAUGCGGCUUUGGAUGGAGAUAAAGCCAUUCAUGAUCGAGAUGUGGAGUGGCUGAUGAAGUCUGAUGUGAUCGUAGCGGAGGUGACACAGCCGUCUUUAGGAGUGGGUUAUGAGCUCGGCCGAGCUGUGGCACUCAACAAAAGGGUUUUCUGUCUCUUCAGACCUUCUUCUGGAAAAGUGCUGUCUGCCAUGAUCAGAGGAGCGUCCACAAACUCUCUCUUCCAAGUCCAGGACUACACAGAGGAGGAAGUCGAGAGUAUCUUGGAGAAAUAUUUUGAUUCUAUCGCCAAGAAUUGAUUAGCAUAUUUCAGCAAAUCAUAACAGAUAAGCACAACUUCUGUAUGCUUCUCCUCUCAUUUUAGAAAGUCAGUAGGACUUGUAAAUUAAGUGGUGUAUUGCUACUUACAUGUGAAUAAAUCUUUUUCAGCUAAA